GGAAACAGUGGAGAAAGGCCGAUUGAGCCAGGUUGUUUGGUGGAAGAUAUGCAGGGGAAACCAAAGGAGAGGGGCGUACUCAUUUUUGGGGGGAUGCCUAAAGCCAAACGGCGGCUGAUCAAUGGUCCGAAGCCUGGGAGGCGUGGCUCCUCUCUUGCCCCGCCCCUCCUACAAAGCGAUUCGUUGCAGAAGGGGCCCCGAAACCGGUGCAUCUUGGGAGCGGCCCAGACCUGUACGCGGCGUCUUGUGGGGGGCAUUGUCAGGUCUGAGGGGGCGGCGCAGAGGUGGCGGCGCUGAAAUUCAGCGCAGUGCGUCUCCGGAGACCUGCUCGAGUCUUGUGGGAGGUGACAGAACUCGUCCACCCAUGUCUGGCUGCGAGCUGCCCAUGGGCACGUGCCCGGACAUGUGCCCGGCCGCCGAGCGCUCCCAGAGGGAAAAGGAGCACCGCCUGCACCGCUUCGAGGUGGCACCGGGGUGCCACGAGGACCGUCCCCGCGCCGACCCGCAGCGAUCGGUGAAGGAGUACAGCCGGCCGGCCGCCGGCAAGGCCCGGCCCCCAUCAAGCCAGCUGCGUCCGCCGUCCGUGCUGCUGGCCACCGUGCGCUACCUGGCCAGCGAGGUGGCGGAGCGCGCCGAUGCCUCCCGCGCCGAGGUGGCCAACUUCGUGGCGGACCGGGUGCGCUCUGUGCGACUAGAUCUGGCCCUACAAGGCGUGGGCGACGUCGAGGCGGCAGUGGUGCUGGAGGCGGCCCUGGCUGUGUUGCUGGCAGUCGUGGCACGGCUCGGGCCCGACUCAGCGAGCGGGCCAGCGGACCCAGUGCUGCUGCAGGUUCAGGUGCAGGAAGGCUUCGGUUCGCUGCGGCGCUGCUACGCCCAGGGCGCCGGGCCGCACCCCCACCAGGCUGCCUUCCAGGGUCUCUUUCUGCUCUAUAACCUAGGCUCGGUGGAGGCCCUUCGUGAGGUUCUGCAACUGCCCGCUGCCCUGCGUUCCUGCCCGGCCCUGCGCAUGGCCUUGGCUGUGGAUUCGGCCUUCCGCGAAGGCAAUGCCGCCCGCCUGUUCCGCCUGCUCAGGAUCCUGCCCUACCUGCAGAGUUGCGCUGUGCAGUGCCACGUGGGCCGUGCCCGCCGUGGAGCCCUGGCCCGUCUCGCUCGUGCCCUGAGCACCCCCAAGGGCCAGACUGUGCCCCUGGGCUUCAUGGUCCACCUGUUGGCCUUGGAUGGCCCCGAGGAGGCACAGGACCUGUGUCAGACCCACGGACUGGACGUGGAUGGACAGGGGAGAGUUGUGUUCCUGAGGGGUCGCUACACUGAGGAGGGACUGCCACCUGCCGGGACCUGCGAAGUGUUGGUGGGGAGCAAACUUGGAGGGCGCACCCUGGAGGAGGUGGUGAUGGCAGAAGAGGAAGAUGAGGCUGUGACCAGGCCCAAGGCCCCAGCAUGAGUUUCCCAGAGCCCAGAACUGGGUCUGAGCACAUGGGUCCUUUUUUCAUGAUUUCUACACAAUGAAAGAACUGGUUUUGAAGGAUCAGUAGUUAGGCUUGAUUU